UCGCUCUCCGCACUGCGCAUGCGUAAAUUGACAAGUCCUUGGACGCUGCGAUAGCUGUAGGUGAAGCGGUAUCGCAAGGGACGUACUGUGAAAAUGCAGUCCUGGAACCAUCUGUAUCGCACACUUGCCACGCGAAGUCAGCACCUCCCCUGCAAGCUACAAGGUGCCACAGUCUUAUCUGCAAGAACGUAUGCUGACAAAGCAGCAAUUGAUGCUGAUGUCACAGUUGUGGGCUCUGGGCCUGGAGGGUACGUUGCCGCCAUCAAAGCAGCCCAGCUAGGUUUUAAGACGGUAUGCGUGGAAAAAAAUGACACCCUUGGAGGCACGUGCUUAAAUGUGGGCUGCAUCCCAUCAAAGGCUCUUCUAAACAACUCUUACUUGUAUCACAUGGCUCAUGGGAAAGACUUUGAAAGCAGAGGCAUUGAGAUUCAGGGGAUCUCAUUGAACCUGGAGAAGAUGAUGGGACAGAAGAGUGGGGCUGUCAAAGCACUGACAGGAGGAAUCGCCCACUUAUUCAAACAGAACAAAGUAACUCAUGUCAAUGGGUUUGGAAUGAUAACUGGUAAGAAUCAAGUGACUGCAAAGACUGCUGAUGGAGAUCAAGUCAUAAACACUAAGAACAUCCUAAUUGCCACUGGAUCAGAGGUCACCCCUUUCCCAGGGAUUCAGAUUGAUGAAGAUACGGUAGUCUCUUCCACUGGUGCUUUGUCCCUCAAGAAGGUUCCAGAAGAGCUCAUUGUGAUUGGAGCUGGAGUCAUUGGGGUGGAGUUGGGGUCUGUGUGGCAGAGACUGGGUGCGAAAGUCACAGCAGUAGAGUUCCUUGGCCAUGUUGGUGGAAUGGGCAUCGACAUGGAGAUCUCCAAGAACUUCCAGCGAAUUCUUCAGAAACAAGGCUUGAAGUUCAAACUGAGCACCAAGGUCAUGGGUGCGACCAAGAGACCUGACGGCAAGAUCGAUGUGGCUGUGGAGGCUGCUGCUGGUGGCAAGAAUGAGAUGCUCACCUGUGACGUUCUGUUGGUGUGCAUUGGUCGCCGCCCCUUUACCGGUAACCUUGGCCUUGAGAGUGUCGGUAUUGAGCUGGAUAACCGUGGAAGAAUCCCAGUCAACGGCCGCUUCCAGACCAAAGUGCCAACUAUCUAUGCCAUUGGAGAUGUGGUAGCUGGACCCAUGUUGGCACACAAAGCUGAGGAUGAGGGUAUUAUUUGUGUUGAAGGAAUAGCAGGGGGAGCCGUCCAUAUCGACUACAACUGUGUGCCCUCUGUCAUUUAUACACACCCUGAGGUCGCCUGGAUUGGCAAGACAGAGGAACAACUCAAAGAUGAAGGCGUACCAUAUAAAGUGGGCAAAUUCCCCUUUGCGGCUAACAGCAGAGCAAAGACAAAUGCUGAUACAGAUGGACUGGUGAAGAUCCUCGGCCACAAGGAUACAGACAGGAUGCUGGGCGCACACAUUCUGGGAUCGGGAGCAGGGGAGAUUAUUAAUGAGGCUGCAUUAGCUAUGGAGUAUGGGGCAUCAUGUGAGGAUGUUGCAAGAGUGUGCCACGCCCACCCUACUGUGUCAGAGGCCUUCAGGGAAGCUAACAUUGCUGCUUCUUUUGGAAAAGCUAUCAACUUUUAGAUUUUCUGCACAUACACAUGUAUAUAAAUGUCUGCUGCAUAUUUUUAUUUUUCCCCUAACGGUCUACACACUCUGGAGUUUCUCUCUGGGCUUACAGAUGUAUCCUUCAUGCAAACAUUCAGAAUAAACCUGUAAAACAUUUAGUAUGUUAUUUAAUUGUCCUAAUAAAGGAGUCUGGGCCUUAUGUUGAACUUUGUCUUCUUGAGCAAAAGACCAUUUGGAUUUUAUAAAUCAGUGUAGGUUACUGAUGGAUUUCAUGCUGAUGGUCAUAAAUGUGACCAAGAGUUUCCUUAAAACCAAAGUUUGCUCGAUUGAAAAACAUGGUAAAUUAAGAGUAACCUCAUAAUGCUGUUUUAGUUCUUGCUUUCAUUAAGUGAGAUGUGCUUUUUGCACAGUUUUGACAGAUGUAUGAUACAAAUUGAUCAAA